UGUUGACAAAGAAGUGAAACGCCCGCGUAUAAAUGUAUCGCGAUUUCAAAAAAAAACAUAGUUGCAGUAAAUACGUUCACGCUUUGUGUAUAAAAAAACGCGAAAAUCGAUUCUUCAAGUUUAUUCAAAUUUAAAUAUGUUAGAAAAGAAAACACAAACAAUUACAUCGUAGUUCCGCAUUUUAGUGUCGUUUUAUCUGACUUGUGCAACAAUGCGCGCAUUGCUGUUUCUUUUGUUAUUCUGUUACGUCUGUUACGGAUUCACCACCGGCCGUAAAUUUUUUUAUCCCAAUAGAACAGAUCUGUUUGAACUGUCGAUAAUUCAUCUGAACGAUUUUCACGCCAGGUUCGAGCAGACGGGACCGACUUCUGGGACUUGUCGCAAAGGCGAGGAAGAAAAUUGCGUGGGCGGAUUUGCCAGAUUGUACACAGCAGUGAAUCAACUUGUUAAUGAACGACCGAAUGCAAUUUUCCUAAAUGCGGGCGAUCACUUUCAGGGAACGCUUUGGUAUAACAUACAUCGAUGGAAUGUUACCGCUAAGUUCAUGAACAUGUUGCCACACGAUGUUAUGACAAUUGGCAAUCACGAGUUUGACAAUAAAAUUGAAGGUGUUGUACCGUUUCUUAAAAAUGUCAAAGCGCCGGUUGUGGUAACAAAUAUCGAUGACAGUGAGGAGCCAACUAUACAGGGUUUAUAUCAGAACAGCACGAUUAUCGAAAGAAACGGUAUCAAGAUUGGAGUAAUUGGCGUAAUUUUGUCGACUACUAAUUUGCUUUCUCGAACAGAAAAACUGAAAUUUUUAGACGAAGUGGAGACAGUAAAUGACGAAGCUCAGAGACUGAAACAAAAAAGAAUAGAUAUUAUUAUAGUUUUGAGUCAUUGCGGAUUGGAUGUGGAUAGAAUUAUGGCCGCAAAAUGUCCCUUGAUCGACGUAAUCGUUGGUGGCCAUUCUCACACGUUUCUUUAUACAGGAACUCCACCUUCUAUCGAUGUACCAAAGGACGAAUAUCCUGUGAUUGUAACGCAAAACGAGUCUAAUAGAACUGUUCUUAUAGUUCAGGCAGCCGCUUACACGAAAUAUCUGGGUAAUCUUACGGUAUGGUUCGACGAGCAAGGCGAGGUCGUCGAUUGGGACGGAAAUCCGAUUCUUUUGGAUCGAUCCAUUAAAGAAGAUCCGGACAUCGUAGAAGCUCUGAAGCCGUGGAAAGAGGAGGUGGAUGAAAUGUCAUCGAGAAAAAUCGGCAAGACCAGAGUGUUGCUCGAUAAAAAUUGUUACUACGAGGAAUGCAAUAUAGGAAAUCUCUUAACCGACGCCAUGGUGGAUGCGUUUGUGGACGCUGCCGAUAAUAAGAGCUAUUGGACGUACGCAGCUGUGGCGUGCAUGAAUCCAGGAGGGAUUCGCACUUCCAUCGAAGAGUCUGACAUCACUUACGGCGAUCUACUGAUGGUCCAGCCUUUCGAAAAUACGUGGGACACUGUCGAAUUAACCGGGGAAUCUAUUAAAAAGAUACUUGAAAUUGAAGGGAUUCUAGCUUGGUCUGGGUUGAAAAUUACUUAUAGAAAAGAUAACAAAACACGAACUGCGAUCGACAUUAAAAUUAGGUGUCAAGAUUGCGAAUAUCCAGUAUUUGAAGAUUUAGUGUAUGAUCAGUGGUACAGAGUGGUGGUGCCAACUUUCUUGAUGAUCGGCGGGGACGGUUAUUACGUUUUCAAAAAUAGCGGUCGUAAUCAUGAAAUCGGGCCGCUUGAUAUGGACCACUUGACAAAAUAUGUGGAGAAAAUUAGUCCUAUAUUUAUAGGAACUGAAAGACGUAUAACCUUUAUAUAAACUCUUCAGAAUUGCGUUUCAAUAAAUAAUCUUAUAAUCUUAUUAAUUAAGUAGACCUAUACGUUUGAAGAGAUUAUGAACAAUAAUAAAUUAAUAUAAAAAUGA